CCCGCUUUUACGAAUUAUCAACAACGGAUCGGCAAAUUUACUAAUUCCGAGGUUUGAUCAUCGAUAAUUAAAGCUCGAAUAUUGGUCGGAUAUUGGUCGGAUAUUGGUCGAAUACUUUUAAGUGAUCAUAAGGUCGCUCUGAUAUAAGGAAGAAUUUGGAAUGCCUUCAGAGGAUAUAAAGAUACCGACACCUAGAAAAAUUUGCGAUAAUUGUCGACGAAGAAGUGAGUCUUUCACAUAUACCUCACGGCGGUCCCUGGUGGAAAAGAGUUCCGAGUAUUGACAAGUUAAGGGAUACGAUGUGAUGGCAAUCUCCCGUGUAAGCAAUGCGGAAAUGCAUUAUUAAACUGCAAGAGGGAGCACAUACCGAGGAGAAGAGGACCAAAGCGAGGAAGUGGUAGAGUGAUUAAUGAAUUGAGGGCUCAAGAUGGUGGAGCUAUCAAAAGCUUCGCAGAGUCCCGUGAUUCAGGCUCAGGUGGAAGCAGUUCCGGAACCGGCUCGUAAGUAUGAUAUUUCUACCUGCAGCAGAGUUCAAGGCCCUUAGUGUUCCAACUUGACCGCGAAUACAGUCAGAACCAAAAGGAUAUCUGAACAUGGAUCAAAUUCCAAGUAUUUUUACGCGAGCCGUGACAUAAGGAAUUUAUGCCAAAUAUCUGUCCCUCUUUUGUCGUUCCCAGCUAAGAGAUGCUAUAUAGAAUUGAUAUUGAUAUUGAUCAUUGGGUUUCGAAUGCAGCCAACUCUUCUGCUGCACAAACGUAUAUAGGACGACCAGCCUGGUAUCCGAUCAUGUCGGACAUCUCGCCUCUUUCGAAUGAUGGGACAAAUGGAAUCUUCACGACGGAUCAGUUUAGGCCUACAUGUGUCAGCUACAUGUAUCUAAUCCCAAAAUGCCUUGACCUCUUCCUUGAGCACUUAUAUCCGAUUAUGCCAUUAGUGCAUAUGCCCACUUUGAGAGAUUCAAUCAAGCGACCACUGCAGAUGCACGAGAAAAACCUUAUCUAUUCUCUAUGUGCUAUUACUUCAACACAUAUGUCGGGGAAAAACAUAUUAGCUCCAGGGCCACCUUCGUGGGAAAUAGCUGGACGGUUCUUUUUAGACGAAUGUAUCAUGGUUCGACAGGGUUAUGACUUUGUGGAAGAUAGAUCAUUGUCCGCUGUGAUAUCUUCAUAUUUUGUAUCAACUGCAUUCUUCGAGCUCAACCAGUCUAGGAAAUCCUGGUACUAUUUGAGGGAAGCAAUGACAAUGGCCCAAGACAUAGGAUUACAUGAAGAGUUCAAAUAUUCCGGUCUUCAUCCAGCUGAGGAAUUGUGUCGUAGACGUACAUUUUGGAUUUUAUAUGUCACGGAAAGGUAAGUUCGAUUUGUCCAAAAUGUGAGGUUCUAACAUGAUCGUAGGUCUUUUGCCAUUCUGCGUCAUAAACCUCUUACCUUCUCGAAAACGCCAGCCCUGCCAUCAACACUGCAUGACUAUGAAGCACCAGAAAUUCAUUCUGGGUUUAUGCAUCUAGUACAUUCUUACCAUCUGCUAGACUCUAACUUUGUCGAUUCUUGGAAUGAAGCUUCUGAUGCACCAGUAUCAACGCUUACAUAUACAGCGCUUCAACAACAACUAAAUAUUUCCCAUUCUUCUCAAGUGUCCCUUACUGCCAUACAGAAAGCUGAUAUACUCGUUACUCAACAAUGGUUGCGCCUAAUCGUUUGGCAAUCUUCGAUGCGUCAAGGGCUCCUUUCUUCUGGAGCAGCCGACGAAAGCAUGACCUUCCGAUAUCCUCUAAAGAUCGCCCACUCUCUCUUGAGCGUUAUAUCUUCACUACCUAUCACAAGUAUAGAAGUUCAUGGGAUGGGUAUUUUCGAGAAGAUCUUCGAGAUCGGGAACUCGAUGGUAGAUAUUAUGCAAGCUUAUGGAUCACAAAUGCCCCAUGAAGUAUAUGGUAUCUCUCAAGAUCCAUUUGAUAUGUUCGUAAGAACACUGAGUCAGACACCGAACUCUCAAAGACAAUAUGCGAACCUUUUACUUGCGAAAGUGGCCGAAAAGCCAGAAAUACAGAGAUUUUCUCACACCUUGACAAAGGUACUAUCCAUUGAUACCAUGCCAUAUGCCAACGGACCGAAUACGAAUACUAUUCCGCAUGUAGGCGAACAGCAGUGGGUGGGAAGUACCGUAGGCGAGUUUAAACCCGACGAGGAUGCUGUGCGCAAGGAAGAUAUGGACAAACCAACGAUAACGCAAUGGAUAAUAUGGUGACAGUCACUCAAUCUGGUAGCAUGAAAGCGGAAAAGAAGAAAGAUUUGAGAAAAAAGCUUCUGAUUGACCCUGAAAAUAAGAUCACUACCUAAUGCAAGGCGACUUCGUGUCAGGGUUUGUUGAUGAACAAUCGGAUCAUUGACAGCAGCUGUUCCAUCACCGUAUGAAUCUCUUUGAAAUUAAAAAACAAUCACCGACUGGGACGACAACUAAAGAGCGGUUUGAACGGCGGUACGUCAACUUCCAGCGCAAACUUAGUUUUCUAGGACCAUUCCAAUAAAGACAAUCUUCUAUCUUCUACUCUCUAGUCGAAAUGACCGAACCGACGUUUGAUUAUCUGCACGUUUAAGCUUGACGUCAGUAUAGUAGACCACACAAAUCACAGCUGCAUCAACAGUCUAAUCGCAUGACCAUAUUUUCGUUCGACUCCAAAACGGUGUGCCAUCACGACAGCCUUAUACAUGCCUUCUUCAUACCCUUGCAAU